AGGGAUAACAUGCGAGGGUAAGACACGUGGCGAUUGUGGUAUGCAUAUAUAGCGGGGAAACAGCGAGUGGCCUUCAUUACCUACCUGAACCGUCACAGUAGCGAGUAGCCCGCCCCAGCACCCACCUCAGCCGCUACCAUGGUGCACAAAGACGAGGUCGUGAAAAAGAAGACGGUGUCCCCCAUCAUGAAGCACGAAGACGAAGACGUGAAAGUGAAGAAGGUGACCGCCGUCAUGAAGCACGAAGACGAAGACGUGAAAGUGAAGAAGGUGACCGCCGUCAUGGUGCACGAAGAGGAAGACGUGAAAGUGAAGAAGGUGACCACCACCUUGAUGCCUGAAGACGAAGAUGUGAAAAUGAAGACCGUGGCCGCCACCAUGAUGCACGAACACGUGAAAGUGACGAACGUGACCGUCGUGAUGAUUGCUGUGGCUAAGCUAUCGAUACGAACGCAUGAAUACUCCAAUAAGCUCGCCUGUGACGAGGUGCUGGUCAAGAUCUCCAAGGUGUGCAUUUGCGAGAACGAUGACCAUUAUGUUUACGAGGGGAAGCUCGGCGACAUAGAGGCGAAGAUGCCGUGCGGGGUGUGCACUGCUUGCAUGGGCACCGUGGCCUACUGCGGGAGAGAAGUCACCGAUUUCAAGAUUGGUGACCGCGUGACCAUCGAGCCAGGGUCCCCUUGUGGCUGCUGCCACAUGUGUACGUCGGGCUGCUACAACCUGUGCGAGGAGUCCACCUGCUACAUGACUGAGAGUGUGGGCGGCGGCUGCCUCGCCAAGUACUGCAUGACCAAGGCUCAUCUUGUGCACAAACUGCCGGACUGCGUGUGUGAUGAGGAUGGAGCCAUGGUGCAGCCGUUGUCCAUGGCCUUGCAUGCCUGCAACCGCGCCGAGGUGUCCGCUGGAUCGCAUGUGCUGGUGUCGGGCGCCGGCUGCAUGGGCCUGCUGUGUGUGGGCGUCGCCAAGGCCAUGGGCGCCACCAAAAUUAUGGUCGUGGACGAAAAUGGAGAACUCUUGAAAAAGGCAUGCGAGAUGGGCGCUGACCACACCAUACUACUGAACUGCAACAUGGACGCUGCGACCCUGGCCAAGAGGGUGGAAGAGGAAAUGGGGUGCCCGCCGAAUGUCUCCUUUGAGUGUACUAGCACCAAGAAGGGAAUGAACAACUGCAUUCACGCGACCGAGGCGAGCGGGACGGUCAUGCAAGUUGGAGUCUGCAACGAAGAGGUCACGCUGCCUCUGUACCUCGCCACCAUGAACGAGAUUGAUAUUAAAGGCAUUUGCUGUUCAGCUAAUUGCUUCCCCGUUGCCAUCGAGAUGAUCGAGAACAACAUGGUGUGCGUCAACAAACUCAUCUCCAAGUGCUACGAUUUCAGCCACUACCAGGAUGCUUUCGACUUCCUUCACAACAACGACGACUGCAUCUGUUGCAUUGUGUCCUGCUGCUAGAUACCCACGGCCGCGAGGGAAGGAGGCUACUGCUGCUGUUGCUGCUUCUAAGGCAUAACAGUAGUUUGCCUGAGUAUUGCAGCUGCUUAAUUAAAGGAGGAAUAAUUUGAUCACAGAUAUUUUUUUUUUUCCGUAAUGUGUCACCGCAGGUGCUUGGUGCGAUUCAGUCAUAAGAGAAGUGAUGGGGCCUGUUCUUUCUUUCUUCUUUCCUGCAUGACAGAUUUGUUUUGAUGAGUUUCUUUCCUUUAUAUUUUACUUUUUAUUUGCUAUUGCUUCUCUUUUAAGUUUAUGUUGCUCCUCCUCCUCCUCCUCCCACCACUGCUACUACUGCUACUACUACUACUACUAUUACUACUACUACUACUACUACUACUACUACUACUACUAUUACUACUACUACUACUACCACUACUACUACUACUACUACUACUACUACUACUAAUAAUAAUAAUAAUAAUAAUAAUAAUGAUAAUAAUCAAUAUUAUAGAUACCAUGACUUUUAGUUGACACAGAAAUUUUAAUAAGAAAAGACGCCGCAUCUUUUUAAAAACCUUGUUAAACAGCGAUUUUUUUCCCUCCCUUCAUGGCAUCCCUGGAAGAGCUAACAGAAACUACAAGCAUCCCUGAUUCCUGCACAUCUUGCAUGAAUAUUACCACAGUACUAAAUUACUUCAUUACUACAGUCAUCUUUCCUUCCUUGGGUUUAACAUUCCAUUUCACACAUUACACUUUCCUAUACCACCACUACCAUCACCACCACUACCACAGCUGCGCCUUGCUGCAUACAUCUGCUGAAUUAAUAGCUCCCUCAUCCUUCGUACAUAUGUGCUUAUUUCAACACGUGCCACUGAUAAACGCUUCUUCACAUUUGUGCACAUCAAAGCCACAUGCAUUUCAUUAUUCUUGUGCACGUUUCUCUUAUAUAAUUUCGUGUACAUGCAUAAAAGUGACAUUCAUUUAAGCUCCACUAUUCUUCACUAUUCAUGUAAGCACUUCACCAUUCUUGUGCACGCUUUUCUCAUAUGAAUUCGUGCAUGUGCAUAAACGUGACAUUCAUGUAAGCUUCUUCGAGCAUGCACGUGAUAGGCGUGGACUUAAAUGUAUACUGGCUUUGCACGGCAGAACAGAACAACAAACUCAAGUAGUCAUGCUGCUGGGAAAGGAAAGGAAAGAUGUCGUGUGUGUGUAAAUGCGUGUGAAAGUUGUGGCAAUGUUUGGUUUGGUCUCACUAAGCAGUCCCAAGUGUUAUAAGGAAUUCCUCACUUUAAUUAUUUUUCUUUAUGGCUUAUUUGGUGAUCUAAUGAGCUCUGAAUCUCGUUUAUCUUGAAUUUUUAAGUUGUUGUGGUUAUUUUCGUUAUUCUAGUUAGUGCUAUUAAUGUGAUGGUCUGCUUGCUUUCCUUUUGCUUUGCUGUUAAUCGGACAUUCUCGGUUGCUUUAAUUCACGAUUCCCUCACUGGCUAAUGCUGUAGUAGAAGCAGAAGGUGCAUUACAGAUGAUGUGUAAAGAGCGUGUGACAAUAACUGUGUGUAUGAUAAAAGGAGCUGGUGUUUAUGUUCUACACUCUUAUUCCUUUGUUCCCUGAUUCGGAUGUUUAAUAAAGCAUGUUCAUUCAA